CUAACCCUAAGCUGGCAAUGCCAUUUCGCCAUAGCCAAGGGGAAGCCCUAGAGCAGGAGCGUUCUUGACUAGGGAUUACUGUGCGUCUAGCGCGAGGGAUUGCGAUUGCCGAUGCCGAUGCUCAUGGCGCUGUCGACUGCUGGUGAUUUCGCCUUCGCGCCGCGGCGAGUGUGGUGAAUUUCGCGAAGAAAUUUCGGCGCUUUUCUGCGAUUUGCUUCUUCGAGGCGCUUGGACAACUCCGGCUCUCUCCAGGGAAAUUUCGGCAGCCUCGCAUGGUUAAGGUCACAAUGUCCGGGGAAGAUCGCUUCGAAGUCGGGUACGCGCUGGCCCAGAAGAAACAAAAGAGCUUCGUGCAGCCGUCGCUGGUGGAGCAUGCACGGAGCCGCGGGAUCGAUAUGGUGUGCAUUGAUCUCGACAAGCCACUGGUGGAGCAGGGCCCCUUCGACGCCAUCCUCCACAAGCUCUCGGGCAAAGAGUGGCACAAGGAGCUGGAGGAAUACGAGAAGAAGCACCCGGAUGUGAUCAUCAUCGACUCGCCGGACGCGAUCGAGCGGCUCCACAACCGCAUCUCGAUGCUCCAGGCGGUGUCGGACCUCCAGGUGGGCGACGAGCAGGAGACCUUUGGGAUCCCCAAGCAGUCGGUGAUGGACAGGGCGGAUUGCCUGGGCGAUCUCAAGGCGAUGAGCGGCCUCAAGUUCCCGGUGAUCGCCAAGCCGCUGGUGGCCGACGGCAGCGCAAAGUCCCACGCCAUGUCUCUCAUCUUCAACCAAGAGGGUCUCACCAAGCUCAAGCCGCCGGUUGUCCUCCAGGAAUUCGUCAACCAUGGUGGCGUCAUCUUCAAGGUGUACGUGGUGGGCGACUACGUCAAGUGUGUCAAGCGGAGGUCCCUCCCGGACGUGCCCGAGGACGAGCUCAACCGGUCGGAGGCGCUGUGCUUCUCGCAGAUCUCCAACAUGGGAUCAACCCAGCAGUGCGGGGCGUCGGACUACCUCCAGGCGGAGCUCCCGCCGACCAAGUUCGUGGCAGAGCUGGCCAAAGGAUUGAGGGAGAACUUGGGGCUCCGGCUCUUCAACUUCGAUCUCAUCCGGGACUCCAAGGCCGGGAACCACUACCACGUCAUCGACAUCAACUAUUUCCCCGGCUACGCCAAGAUGCCCGCGUACGAGACGGUGUUGACGGACUUCUUCCUCAGCCUGGCCAAGCUCAAGGCCUCGUCCAACACUCCGGUUGCCAAUUAGCAGCAGCGGCAAGGUCGCUCGCUCGCUCGCCCAGCAGCAACACGCAACCGUUCUACUCUUCUCUCUCGAAGUGCUCAAGCUAGAGCCCGUACGACUCAACUCUUUGGAAGGAGCCCAAAAGGAUCAUUCCAGCAGGCGACCCGGACGAAGAAUAAGGCACAGGACUUGGGUGGAGGAUGAUGCUAAUGAUUUUGGGUGGAGGCUCGGCAUCGAAAAAAGACGAUGGAAGAGCCUUUUGGCGGAAAAAAAGUUUGGGGGUGGUCGCCUCGCAUCGUCGCGAAGAACACACAAGGAAAAAAGACGCACAAAACAAAAAGAGGAGGAAAAAUCGUCCAAGACAAACACAGCCAGCAAUUUUGUGGAGCACUGGCAUUUGGGUUUCUUCAUCUUUUCGAGGUUUCUUUCUAGUCUCUGUAAUUUUCUUUGUGCCACCCUUUAAUAAAGUGUAAAAAGAGUGUUCCCCCC